AUUUUUUGCCCACCUGUUACGUAUACUAUGCCUUCUCCUGCCUUUGAACAAGCCGCUGCUGAAGUAAAGAAUUUGUCAAGCAAGCCCUCAGAUGACGUCCUCUUGAAGUUGUAUGCUUUGUUCAAGCAAGCCACUGUCGGUGAUAACAACACGUCCAAGCCUACAUUUGAUCUCAGGGGCCGUGCCAAGUGGAACGCUUGGGAAGAACUCAAGGGUAAACUUCCCGCUGAAGCCGAAAUUGAAUACAUUAAUCUCGUCAACGAACUCAAGGCUCAACACGCUUAAACCCCCUUUGGUUAUCUUUUUUUUUUUUUUUUUUAUUGUCCAAUACCCUUUUUCAUUGUUAUAAAAAAAAAAUUGAUUCCACCU